GGACGUACAAUUCAGUGCUAAGGGGAACAAUGGACACACAUUUUGCACUGCCAGGAAAACAGGAACAGCGUUUCAACUAGGACGGAUGCUCAAAGAAGAUUUUCUUGGCUGAGAGGUGGGGAAGGGCUGCUCUUGUACCACAGGAUUAUGUUGUGGCUGCUGGCUAGAACUUGCUUUCCAAAAAUUGCCCCCAAGGGCAGAUUCUCAUCCUGCAAAACCAGAGCAUGGAGCAGGGGACCUCUGACUGCGUACAUGCCAGAAGCCGCAGCCUUUCCUGGCCCAAAAGACCACCAAGGGCUGUACCAGCUGUCUGUGGAACAGCCAGACACAUUUUGGGGUGCUCUGGGAAGAAGCAGGCUCACAUGGAUCACCCCCUUUCACUGUGUCAGUUCCUGCGACCUACAGCAAGGCCAUUUGUCCUGGUUCCUUGGAGGGCAGCUGAAUGUAUCAGUCAACUGUUUGGAUCGACAUGUCCACAGCGCCCCAAAUAAAGUGGCCCUAAUCUGGGAGAAAGAUGAACCGGGACAAGAGGACCAAAUUACAUACAGAGAAUUGCUGGAGAUGACAUGUCGCCUUGGAAACACUUUGAAACGAGAAGGAGUGAAGAAGGGGGACAGCGUUACCAUCUACAUGCCCCCCUGUCCAAUGGCCGUAGCAAGUAUGUUGGCCUGUGCCAGGAUUGGAGCCAUACACACGGUGGUAUUUGCUGGGUUCAGCUCUGUUGCAUUGGCGGAGAGGAUCCAAGAUGCUCAGUCUGAAACAGUGAUCACAGUGAACCAGGGCUUGCGAGGGGGCAAGGUUGUUGAACUAAAGCGGAUGGUGGACGAGGCAGUGAAAUUGUGUCCUAAGGUGAAACACGUUUUUGUUUCAAAGAGGACAGAAGGAAAGGUUCCCAUGUCAGCCCUGGAUAUACCACUGGAAGAGGCGAUGAUGAAAGAGGAUGUGACCUGUGAGCCUGUUGCUUUGGAGAGUGAAGAUUUUCUGUUCCUCCUUUACACUUCAGGCAGCACUGGAAAACCCAAAGGCUUGGUCCACACCCAGGCUGGCUAUUUGCUAUAUACUGCCAUCACACACAAGUACGUGUUUGACUACCAUGAUGGAGAUGUCUUUGGGUGCGUUGCAGACAUUGGUUGGAUCACAGGACACAGCUAUGUGGUAUAUGGGCCUUUGUGUAAUGGAGGAACUACAGUCCUUUUUGAGAGCACUCCAAUAUACCCUAAUCCAGGACGUUACUGGGAAACUGUGGAAAGAUUAAGAAUAAAUCAGUUCUAUGGAGCCCCUACUGCUAUUCGCCUACUGCUGAGAUACGGGAAUGAUUGGGUGAAGAAAUAUGACAGAUCUUCCCUCAAGAUCCUUGGAUCAGUGGGAGAACCUAUCAACACGGAAGCUUGGGAAUGGUAUUUCCAUGUGGUUGGAGACAGACGAUGCCCUGUAGUUGAUACCUGGUGGCAAACCGAAACAGGAGGCAUCUGUAUUGCGCCUCGCCCUUCGAACCCAGGAGCUGAGAUUCUUCCAGCAAUGGCCAUGAGACCCUUGUUUGGCAUCAGUCCAUCCCUAAUGGAUGACAAGGGAAAAGUCUUAAAACAAAACGAUGUCUCUGGAGCUCUCUGCAUCUCUCAGGCAUGGCCAGGUAUGGCAAGGACCAUUUUCAAUGACCACCAGAGAUUCCUGGAGACCUACCUGAUGCCUUACCCAGGAUAUUUCUUCACUGGGGAUGGAGCGUAUCGGACAAGCAAAGGGUAUUACCAGUUGACAGGCCGUCUGGAUGAUGUCAUCAAUGUCAGUGGGCACAGACUGGGCACUGCUGAGAUAGAAGAUGUUGUGAAUACCCAUGGUGCCGUGGCAGAGUCAGCUGUGAUUGGAUAUCCUCAUGAGAUCAAAGGAGAAGGUGCCUACGCAUUUAUUGUUCUGAAGAAAGGCUCUACUCUGUCCCAAGAAAGCUUAGCUUCUGAGCUUCGGGAGCUGGUCUCCACAAAGAUAGCAAAAUAUGCUGCUCCUGAAUAUGUCCAGGUGGCUCGGCGGUUGCCUAAAACCCGUUCAGGGAAGAUUAUGCGGAGGGUUCUGAAGAAAAUUGUAGAAAACAAAGCCAAUGAGCUAGGAGAUCUAACAACCCUGGAUGAUCACGAGGCGGUGAAGGAGAUCAUUGAGGGACACAAAAAACUUCUGCCAGAAGAGUAGGGUCAGUAGCCCAAAUACCU